UUCAAAGUUUCCUUCAGCGGUUGGAACCCUUCGUCUUAUUGAUAGUUUGUAUUUCAAGAUGGCUGAGUCGCACGAAAGAGAGUGUGCUGUCUGUACUAACGACCUCACGACUCCAAAGAUUCUACCCUGUGGUCAUGUCCUGUGUCGGGAAUGUGUCAUUACCUGGAUGGACUCCAAACCUGAUGCCUGGUGUCCUCUGUGUAGAUGUCCUAUAGUAGAGCAGUCAGAUGGAAGUUCGUCCGACACUGUUGACGCCCUGCCGACAGACUUUGUGAUGGAAGCGCUGGUGGAGAGCGCUCGUGUGCUGAGUAAAGAUCACCUUUGUUGUGUGUGUGAGGACGUCAGGGCGGACUUCAUCUGUAUGCAGUGUCAGGUCAUGUUGUGUUCAUCCUGUACCAAGGUUCAUAGCAAACUCCCAGCGACCCGCAGUCACGAUGUGGAGAGUGUCAGCACUGUGACACCUGAACGUCUGGCUGCCAGCCGCCCUGCACUGUGUGCUGACCACGGCGACAAACACGCGGAGUACUUCUGCCGCGAGCACCGCCUCGCUUUCUGCUCAGCCUGUAAGACUAACAAACACAAAGUAUGCCUGGAAGUAAACUAUCUUGAAGAUGAAAUAAAGUCAGCACAAAACUCACUUACCAACCUAACAAAAAAUCUGGUAGAAGCGGAGCAGAAGCUAGAGCAGGCUAUAGGUCAGGUGACGUCACGUCUACAGGAAGUUGAUGUCAGCGAACAAGAAGACAUGGCGCAGGUGGACAAGUCAUGUGGCCGACUUCAGAAGCUGGUGGAAGAUGUUUGUAAAGAGUUGAAGGACAAGUGUCGCAAGCCACAUCUGAAAAUCAGGAAGUCGCUAUGUGACAUUAAGACUGGCCUUUGCAACCGUUUAGUGAAAGUGACGUCACACAAACACAUAGUGACGCGAGUCACGGCAUUGUCACAACGUCCUGCACUGAUACACAUGACACAGGCUGUGAGAGACAGGGUCAACAGCCUUGACCUUAGCGCUGACCUGCAUCAAGUGGUGUGGGUGAAGCCCUUGUCACAUGGAGAGUGCUGUCAAGAAGUUGUGAGACGGAUAGAAAACGUGGUCCGGAUGUGGAAGCAGGAACAGAUAGUGUCAGAGUUGGUCUCACAGCCACCAGUCCUUGUGUUCCACGACAACUGCGGAAGCAACAUUCGUCUGACGAACGGUAACAGGACCGCGGAGAAGAUAGAUCGGUCUGCCUAUAACAAUGGGGUAGUCAUGUCACGUGACCCUAUGUUGUUCGACGUCUUGUAUGAAGUCAGAGUGGACGCAGCAAGAGGUGGGUACAACGAGCUAAUAGUGGGUGUGACAAGAAGUUCUCCUGCACACGUCUUUGUGACAAAAUAUGCUUCAGACCUGCCAGACUCCGUUAUCAUCGGGCCCGGUGAGGUCUCCUACCAGCAAACAUGUGUCCAAAUACCGCUCGGAGUAGAUCUCAAGAGACUGGACGUCGGGAGUCGAGUCGGGUUACUGGUGACCUCAUCAAACGACCUUCACCUCUACAUCGAUGGACAGGACGAGGGCGUUGUAGCAAAAAAUGUUACACAACCCUGGUUUGCUGUAUUUGCUAUUGGCGGUUCAGUUCAUAAGGUGACAGCCCUUCCCAUAUCUUGGAGAACAUAAAGAAUAUCAGAGUACAGGGAGGCUUAGACAGUCAACACGAGAAUAUUUUGUGACUGACGACAACACCAAGCUGAGCGUUUAUAUCACCAAUGAGAGCUCCAGUUUGGUCAAUCUUUUUUCUAUGUAAAACAAGAAGAGUACAUAUUGAGUCGUGUAUCACUUUUUUUGUUGUAAAGAGAGAUUAACAAUAAAGGAAAAAUGGAUCAGCUUCUCUCCCUACCACACACACACACACAAAGUAAAGAGCAUCUUCGUAGCAUUGAGAGAAGUUAGAAAAAGCUUUCCGGCCUGUGUGAGUCAUUUUUUUAUUGCUUGCUUCAAAGAAAAAUGUGUUCUUUUGCUGGAUUUUAACGCAGUUUUGUGAAAAAAAGUGAAAUCCAAAGCAGGACAGUUCAGUAGUUGGGGAUUACACUGUGUGGUUACUUGUAAUCCCUUCUGGAGAAAGCUGCUGAACUGUGUCAUGCACUGGCGGUGGUACAGACCUUAUAGGUUAAACCAAAUGUAACUGCCUGUUAGUCUGAGAUUGACCUUGUUAAUAGGAAAUAGACUUUCAAAAAUCCUACGAGAUAAUAAUGUAUAUCCAUCUGCACUCAGGUUUCUUUUUUAAAGUGCUGCAGCACUAAAAUCUUAUCACAGGCACUUUAAUGUGUCACUGAUUUAUGUCAAGUGUAAUAGCAGUGAUAGUACAUGGCUGCUGUACUUAUGUUAUUGAUAUACUCAGGUGUAAUUCUAACAAGACAAUAAAGCGACUUAAAUUUCAGUUAUCUGACAUAUCGAUGAGCUACGAUGUUUAACUGAUUUCU